GUGUACUGGAAAUGUCAACGCCAUGAUCUCUGCUUUUGAAUGUGUUCAUGAUGGUUGGGGUGUGGCGGUGCUUGUUGGCGUGCCAAACAAAGACGAUGCGUUCAAAACUCAUCCAAUGAAUCUGUUGAAUGAGAGGACUCUCAAGGGCACCUUCUUUGGCAACUACAAGCCCAAAACUGACCUUCCAUCUGUGGUGGGCAAGUACAUGAAUAAGGAGCUAGAGCUGGAGAAAUUCAUUACCCACCAAGUUCCAUUUUCAGAGAUCAACAAAGCAUUUGAGUAUAUGCUGAAAGGGGAAGGUCUACGUUGCAUGAUCACCAUGGGACAUUGAAAUAUUAACUAGGAAGUAAAGACCUAGUAUUUAUAGUCUCAUACUAAUAAAACAAUAUUUUAUUAGAGUAAUGAUGUAAGUAGUGUUUGAAGCCAAAACAUAUCUGUUGUCAAAGGCUUUAGUUUAAUUUCCAUAUUAUGUAAUAAUUUUACUCUUAUGUUUUGAACGGCUUAAGUAUGAUUUCCAUGUUAUAUUAUGCUA